AUUAACUGAAGUCAGUUCUUUAUAGGCAGGCACGAUGUUGACCAAAGUGUUCUUCCUUUUUGCUGUACUCGCGGCUGCAAGAGCCCAAACUCAAGUUAGCCAAUGUAUAAGCAACCCAGGGGAUCUGCCUCUCAACGUGGAUGUAGCGGGUUGCGUGACCCCUCCUUGCGCGCUUCCUCAGCUUGAACAUGCUCAGAUUGACAUUGUAUUCCGAGCACCCCGCACAACGGUCGCGAUGCGUACCCUAGCCACUGCUUACUUGCAAAUGGGACCAGUAACAGUACCUGUGCCAUACGAUUUGGGUGAAGAUGCAGAGACAUGCAAUUUCCUCAUCAACGCUCGCUGCCCUGUACUUGAAGGAGAAGUUGUCUCCUAUAGACUACGGAUGCUUAUUGAAUCUUUCAUGCCAGUGGGCACUCAAACAACUGUAGAGUUCAGGAUAGUGGACGCCUCGAAUACGAACUCAGCAUUAAUGUGCAUCAGACUGCCGAUCCGCGUCGAACCACCUUUGUCGGCGGCACUUGAAGGCCCUAAGGAUGAAAGCAUGGCGACUGUUUAAGUGUUGAAUUUUAAAUAUGGAUUCCCAUUAAUGUUAUUAACCGCGCCUAAUGACCCGUGAUGAAUUUUUGCCACCGUAACCUUCCGAUUUCUCUUAAUUUGACUAAAGUUUAU